GCUUGCUUUUCGCCCGCGGGGUCCUCAGGAGGCAGGAAGGGCGGCGACGGAGGGAAGGAGGCAGCCACGUCGCCCCGCACCCCGCGCCUCCGUGCCCGCACCGCCGCGAAGGCCGGCGGGCUCCGCCCGCUGCGCCCGACCGCGCCGUGGCAACCGCCGCCGUCUCCACGCUCAACGGCGGGGCGGCGCCGCCAUCCCGCGCGGCGCGCGGGGGCAGCGCGGCGGCGGCGCCGCGGCCGGAAGCAGUGCCAGUUUUUCACAUACACAUGCUGUACCAGUGGCUGGAAGUAGUACUAUGAGUCUAAAGCAAAGGCAAAUCUAUCACCACACCUCUGGGCAUCUGGAAAAUGAGAAUAUGAAGAGGAUCUCUGUCACAUCUGACUUCACACUUUAUUGACAUGGAAGGUUUUUAAGAAGAAAACAAAGAGGAGUUUCAAAUCAAGACAUCCAGCAUGAGUGGCAAUCCAUGUAAAAGACUUGUCUGGAGUGACUAUGCCUUUGAUUCAAAGCACAGGCAAGAUCAUGAGAGCUCAAAUUCCCAUGAGGACCUCAAGAAGAAAUCAAAAGAAAAGGAAGGGAGACUGGCAGUCUGUCAGUGGGGCUUGGAUGUACAGCCUCUCAUUUCAUCUUCUAAAUGGCUUCAACUUCAUGGGCUCAAGAGAAAUAAAUUGUCCCUCUCCCAGAUUUUGUCACAAAUUGGAUUCCAGCACAGGAAAGAUUAUGUGUCCACCUUGGGGAGACUUGUGGCUUCUCGGUAUGCAGAUGGUCUGUUUCCUCAAUACAUGAGAGAACAAGAUGGAAGUGUGUAUAAUCUGACAGCCAAAAAAGAACUGAUUCUUCAUUUUGUGGAUUGUCUAAUGAGAGCUAUUGAGCUAUACAAGCAGCGAAUGGAAUGGUUAACCAGUGAAAGCCGACAGAUAUUUGGAGUGAUUCAAGAGCAGUGCAUUGUCAUUGUUUUGGAUUUUGGCACUGUGUCUCCAACUGAAUUUGAUCUAUGCUGUGAUGCACUUUCGAUGGUCCUCAUGGAACAGGUGACCCAAAUUGCCAAAUUUAACCUCAUUCGGGCUGCUCAGGAUCUUGUGAAGUGGCAACAGAAAUCUGCUCCUGUGUCUGAACAUACUGUAAAGUCUGCUGUUAAGUGGCUCUGGAAGCUGGAUCGUAUGACAGCUGCCAGCCAUACCAGCUCUGCUGAGGCUCUGCUGGAAGCCAUGAGUGAUGAGACGGUUGAAGCUGUUUAUUUCUUUGCUGUGGGUGAUGUUCCUGGAGACACAAAGCAGCUACUUCUUCAGAAGAUUUGUGAUGGCCCCUGUCCAGUCAACACUGUAUCUUUCAAUGCCAGGGAAGAUGCAACUGUUAUUUUCCUGAAAGAGCUGAGCCACUUGGCCUCUGGCAGAUCCCAUGCUUUUGCUGAAAGGAUUGACUGUAUGCAUGCUACUGGACCUGCACUAAAAUGUGAAGAGGAUGGAAACAGUCUAAUUGCCCAGAAUUCCAGAAAAGUGAAAGGGCGGAUGCCGCUAGUAGCUGGUGUCUGUGAAGAUGCCUUCCUAAUCUGGAAGGAGUUGGAGGAAGCCAGGAGUACACUGACACAAGUCCAGAAAAUUUUAUCAGAAUCUGACCAGCCUGCUUCUCAAGAUGCAGCCAAACCUGAUCAUCCAUUACAGGAGCAUAAGUCUGAUGAAUAUUUGACUUCAGAGGAGUGGUUACAGAAGUAUGGCUUGAAAGCUCGGAAGCUGACAGUGUAUGAUGCACUUGCUGAUUGUAGUUUUCGCCACGCAGAUGGGGUUGUUCACAUAAAAAGUAAACCAGAGGAUGAAUCUUCACAAACUGAUGCUGAGACAAAGAGGAAGAUAAUUCAUGCAAAAUACUGUGACAAGUUUAUACAUACCUUCUGGAAAGAUGGUUCUGUAGUUCAUGUACAUGUUACUUCAGAAAAAUACAAGCAGUAUGAAGAGAAAAUGAGGACUGCUCUCAGACAAGUGCAAGGAAGGAUUAAGUGGCUUCAGCAAGGAAGCAGAGGGCUCUUUGGAAAUGUGUUUGAAGAUGAUGUCUAUAUUCUUGUUGAUACAUCUCAGUCUAUGAAGGACAAGUUGUCUUUGGUGAAGGAGAAAAUAUUUCAGCUCAUACAGGAACAACUGAGACACAAAAAGAGAUUUAACUUUGUGAAAUUUAGUGCUCAGGCAGUGGCGUGGCAAGAGAAACUAGCUGAAGUUAAUGAGGAGAAUUUGCAGGAUGCUUGGCUAUGGAUAAAAGGGCUUGAGGCUGGAACUUCCACAAAUACACUCAAAGCUCUCCAGAUUGCUCUUGCUGAUACUGACACUCAAGCCAUUUAUCUUUUGACUGAUGGGAGACCUGACCAGCCCCCUCAAACAAUUUUGGCUGAAGUCCAGCUUCACCAUAAGAUUCCCAUUCAUACUGUAUCCUUUAACUGCGAUGAUACAGAAGCCAAUAAAUUUUUGCAUGAACUAGCUACUAAAACAGGAGGACGGUUUCAUUAUUACAACAUUUAUUUGACUGAUCCUGAAGCUGCAGAGGCUGUUGUUAGUGAAGAUAUGCACCUUUUAAGAAGAGAGAUUGCAAAGGGAGAAAGAGACCUAGAGAAAGUGAAGAAUUUUCAUGAUGAAUGUCUGAUGACGGAUUGGUGUAACGGAGAAAAAGAUGCAGAGAACAACAGUAAUCACAAGCAGAUACUUGCUGUGUCUUCUGUAACCACACAUGUUCAAGAGUUGAGUACUACUCUUAACAAUAGGCCAUACUGUGCUUCAGAAGAGCCAGCACUAACUCCUCAUCGGUGCACAGUACGUGCCUGGCAAACAGCUGGCGACAGUCCAGCCCAAAGGAAGAAAGCACUAUAUGCAGAGCAAACAAAGACAAGUCUGUUGAGAAUCCUGAGCCAUAGCAUGAAAUCUAGGGAAGAAAGCCCAGAGGAAAGAACAUCUCCUGGAAAAAAGGGCUUUUCUGUCAGAAAGAGUGUGAAAUCUGCAACCACUUUCAAAGAUCUGAAAGUGCAGAAAGAUGUGAAAAGAACAUGUAAAAGUUCUGUAGAUAUUUCUUCGGCUCAUUGGUUAAGGACUCAUGGCUUGGUUGCCAGGCGACUAACCAUCAUGGAUGCCUUAGCUCCGACAGCUGUCCCUCAUGAUACUAAAUACAUCCCAGUUCUGGACAAGCAUGUGUAUUCUAAAGUAUUUGAUGAGAUUUUACCAUUGGCCCAUGUUAGCAGUGACCAGAAGCGGAUCACACUAAUUAAUCCUCAGGCAGUGAAUCUUGAUGCCUAUAAAGAGAAACUGGAACAAGCAAUUAAAUCCUAUGAAAGGCGCCUAAAUCUAAUUAUUUGGAGAGAACUACCUCAAGAUGAAAGAGACAAAUUUAGAGAGGAUGGGCCAGUCCAAUAUAAGCAGAAUAAGGAAGCUUUGCUGGAGGCUUUAGAAAACCUGGGAUGGCCAAUUUCCUAUGAAGAUGUAAUAUUGUUAGAAGAUGAGAUACUGGCAGCAUUAACAUAUAAGCAACAAGCCUCUGAUCUUCAGGAAGCUGUAAAAAAAGAAAUUGAGAAAAGCUCAGAGUUAAACAUUAACAAUAAAAAGAAACUUGAAGAAGAAGCUGUGAAGUCACAGUCUAAAAAAAGAGAAAAAGGCAAAGUACUUUUGACUCUCAAAAGCCAAAAGGUGAUUGCAAGAUCAGAUAUCACCGGAUUUUAUUAUCCAGGAACUGUAAUAAAGAAUAUCAGUUCUACCCAUGCACUUGUUAACUUUAUCCAUGGGGAGACCUGGACUGUACCUGUGAAGUUCAUAAUAUCUGUAGGAGGUACUAUGCCAUGUCCAUAUCUGCAGGUUGGAGACUAUGUGUUUGCCAGGACUUGGACACAGACUGGAAAUGAUUAUUAUGUACCUGCCAUUGUUAUAUCAACACCAAAGAGAGUGGAAACGGAUAAUAAACUCUACACAGUUCUGAUGUUCAACAACAGGAAAGAACACUGUGUAAGAAGUGGGCUUAUUAAAAUCAGCCAAACAAAGUAUGCCUUUUCCUGUCAAUACAUAAGAAUGGUGCAGAUGGAGGAUUAUAUGAUCCUGGACAAAGAGACCAAAAAGUACCAUCCUCACUCAUCUCUGGAAGAUGAAGCAGGAGAAAAAGCAAAGAAAAAUAUUGUGGAGGAACAUAGGGGAAAAAAGAAAAAGAAGAGGAGAGCGGAGGACAAAAGACAUCCCAAGGAGAGGAUAUCAGACUCCGAUGAUCUUUUGUUUAUCUCCGGGAGGGAAGUAAAACACAGAGGAAGAAAUUCACUGCCUAAUGACGAAGAGGAAUUUGAAGGUUGAAGGACAGAUGAAAUGGGGACAGUGGUUAUCUAUCACUUUGAUCCUGCCUUGCCUUGUCAAAUUUGCUGAGACCUGGUCACAUAUUAUCUAUCAAGACUAUUCUUCAAGAUGGUAUGCAGGUGGACCAUGCUAAAGAGUGUCGCCAUCUUCUUCCAAAGGCACCAUGAGCAUUGUUGACUCUUUUGAUUAAAUUUAUUUCUAUUUGCAUAUCCUUCUGUGUCUCAUCAGAGAGGGGAAAGUCAGAGUUAGCAGAGAUGUUAAAUAAGACUGUGUGGAUAUCCUCACUGAGUUUAAUCAGAUACCUCCUUAUCCAGUCUCAGUAUGUGAUUGUGUUUUUAUCCUCUUUGGGUAUAGAUAUUUGUCCUGUUUUCAAACUAUGCUAGUGCUUUUCACAGUAUUUUGUGUAUACAAAUUUGUAAGUCAUAUCAAAUGGGUUACUAAAAUCCUGACAUACUCCUCUGUUUUAACUGAGUUAAUACUGGAUUUUAAAGAGCGGAGAGAAAAAAGAAAACAAAUUUGUGUGGCAUCAUUUUUUCCUUCUGCUCAAGGUCCAGCUCUAGUAUGAGAAUACUUCACAUUCACAGCCUGACAGUCCAGUGUGUGCUGAGGACCAAAUUUUGUGAGAUUCAUGUAUACAAGUGAACACUUACUUUCAGAAUUAGUCAUAUUUAAUUAUACUGAUAUGAGUAAGCCAUAACAUUAGUGAGGGGCUGGAAAGCUCUAUUAUGCUAGUGAAAUGUUUGGUUUUAGCCUCUGUGGACCAGAUACUAAAUGUAUUAGCUAUCUAGCAAUGCACACAGGCCCUUCAGGAGUUUUCAUAGUGCUCAAACAAGGCUGGAUAUUUAAGGUAGGAGCGUAAAUUGCUGAAGCUUAUACAGUCUGUUUUCAUUUUCAGACAUUUAUGUAACUUUGAAAUCUACUUUGUUGCCUCUUAUCCACUGGACAUGCCAAUGUCUAGGUUACAUGUUCAGACUGUCAGAGCGCUCUCUUACCUGAUUUUCCUGGAAGUUUUUUAUAGGAAUUUGUUAUUUCUUGAUUGUUAAUGUCAAAAGCAGAUUUUUUUAAAACAGAGUUAGCAUCUCAGAGAAAUAUUUUGAACACCUGUAAGUGCCAUUAAUAGUUAAAGCUAAUAACUUUGGUAGCUAAGUGUCUUUUACAGUAACUAGGUUAUAGCCAUUCUUUAAGGAUAUCUGAAAGCAGUCUAUGGAAAUGGGAAUUGGCUUAUUUGAAAAAUGCAUAAUCUUCCCACAUAUUCCUCUUCUGUAGUAUAUAAUACCUGAAUAAUUUGGAUAUCUUUUCAUUUUCACAAAAGCUCAAUAGUACUGAUCUAUUUGCCUGAAGUGAAAGGUUUUUCUUCAUAAUUAUAAACAGUAGUUUCCCCUGUAUGUUAGUAUGCAUGCAGUGUGUUAAAAACUUUUAAUGCUGUCAGCAGUUCCUGCAUUUACCUUUCCAAAGGUUUGUCUUAUCACACUUAUGAACUCUCCAUACAUACAUAUUUUUUUAAUUGGAUUGGGCUGCGUUUUGUAACUAGUCUGUGUGUUAGUGAACAUUUCUUCCUACAAAUGGUUCCAUUGACUUCACAUGUACUUUUCUUUAAUGCUAUACAGGGAAAUAAGUUCUCUUGAACAUGAAUGAGUUUUGUGGAAUACAGAGAUGGAUUUUUGUGCUUAGCAGUGUGAAUUCAACUGUACAAUUCUCAUAUAGGUUAAUGAAGCCUUAUAGUGCCACAGUGUUUUGGGUUGGGUGUGAUUUAAUGGAACAUUCGAGGAAUUUUUGCAAUCCAGUCCAUGCUCAUGUUAAGAGGAAUCAACAAUCCCUUCCUAUUGUUUCCACUCAGGAAAACACCGUUAACAUAAAUUAAUAAAGAUUAAAUAACUGCAUUAGAUAAUUAGUGUAUAUUAGAUUCAUUAUUGUUUUAAUGUGUAAUUUUGUCUUAUUUAUUCCAGAAAUGCUACAUUUAACACAUUAUUAUUUUACUGUGUAUAUCUAUUGCUCCUAUUCUGUUAGUUAGUUCUGUAUGUUUAUAUGAGUGUAAAUGACAUCCUGUCAACCUCCCACAGACUUCUAGUGGGCCAAUGUUUCUUUAUCUAGGUAACUCUAAUAAAACUAUUUGACUGA